UCAGCUGAAAGGGUGUAUAAAGUUGAUGCUUAACGGCGAGUGGGGAAGCGCUGAGGCACCGGGCGGGAUUGCUCUUUGGCUCACACAAUUGGGAGGAUCCUGUUCUCAUCUCGGGUGGCGCAAAAAAAAAUGCGGAUCCAGCGUAGGCCCUCGGAAAUGCCAAGAUGAUUGAUGCUUAGCGGCAGCUACGUUUAAUCUCUGUUUAUGUGAGCGUGACACACAGCUCGUGGGUGGGGACCUAACAGUGUGACCUAUUCUCGGACCUCCUGAUCCGCCCAAUGUACGCACUCCGUGAGCGGGGAGUACUUCGGUGGUGAAGCUUCUUGAAGAUUGGUGGGCAAAGCUGACGGCUUUUUCUUAACCCCCUUUUUAUGAGCCUUGGGGAAUGGACUUGCACAGACUCUGUCACACUCGGAGCAACUUCAAGCAAGACAAGUCAAAACGAUAAAAUUGUCCAGUUUUUACUUUAGCUGGGACAAGCUGCGUGUAGCAUGACUACAGAGUGGAAUCCCGGAGUUUUCAUUGUAGGGCUCUCUUUUGGGGGUUUCAGACUGAUCAAUCGAGGUCUGGGAUAUCUCCCGAUUCCAGAAUCUGCCCUGAGGAACACCUGGAAAUGGAGAAACAUUUGCACCUCUAUGGUUCACAGUAUGGUGACAGGCAUCUGGGCUAUCCUGUGCUUUUAUUUCCAGCCGCAGAUGGCUGAGGAUCUGAUCGGUACACAUUCCCCGUCCUCUCACGGUCUGAUAGCCUUUUCUAUAGGUUAUUUCAUUCAUGAUUUUAUAGACAUGCUGUGGAACCAAAAAUUUCAACAUUCCUGGGAACUGCUUUUCCACCAUGUUGUGGUAAUUACUUGUUUUGGAAUUUCUGUGAGCCUCUGCAGCUAUGUUGGGUUUGCGGUCGUAGCUUUACUGGUUGAAAUCAACUCCAUCUUCCUGCACCUGAGGCAAAUUCUUCUGAUGGCCAACAGGAACAAAACCACUUGCUUUCGCAUUAACAGCAUCAUCAAUCUGGGAACCUAUGUUAUCUUCCGUAUUACCACACUGGCCUGGAUGACACGCUGGCUGGUUCUAAACCGCGACAACAUCCCUCUAAUAAACUACAGCAUCGGGAGUGUAGGGAUGGCCAUAAUGACUCUGAUGAAUAUUGUGCUGUUUUGCCGACUGCUAAGAAGUGACUUUCUGAAAUCUAGCCGGGAAGGGAAGAAGGAAAAGGAGAAGUAAAACUUGCAGCGGUGUUUCCUCCCCAGUACUGGUGCUGAGAUUUCUGAAGGAGGAGCUGAACAAGGACCUUUCACUCCUUUGAAUUUAAUGGUCCCAUUCACUUAGAUGUAAUUCUGGAUAACCCAAUGGGCUUAAUUGUAAAUAUAUUUUUAAAAUUUGUCUCUAACAUUUUCAAAAGUGUUUUUUUUAAUCUAAUGAUGUUAUAGGUAAAAUGAAAAUGAUACAAAAUUUUAAAAUGGUUUUUUCCUACAUGUUUUAAAGAAAUGCAGUUAAAUGUGCUACUAGAUAAAAUACCUUAAUCUUACACUAUCUCACUUUAAACUACAUUGGGCAAGUUAUUGAGCAAUUUUAACUCUUAGUGUUUGUUGUUUAAUUCUUGCAAUGAUUGUUAUUACUCCCGAGAGGAUUCAUUCUAAGUUUGGUAAAUUAUAAAAUAAAUGCCUCUAAUUAACAGUGACUUAGCUAGCCUCUCAAAUAUAUUGAUUUAAACAUAAGCAUGUCAAAUUAAUGAGCUGGGAAGUGAGACAGUAGCCCAUCAAAAGUAUUCUGAAAAUAAUGAAUCAUUUGAUUACUUCUGCAAAGUGUGAGGUUUUGUUACUAAACAUCUUCAUUUUAUAUAGAUGUUUGAUGGGCAUUACUAAAUUUUAUAUAUAGUAAUGGCAUGUUUCAAAUAGCUAUAUAGGAAUCCUGUGUGAGUGAUGUAGGAUACAUUCUAAGCUGAUACAAUGAGGACAUCUGAAAGUAUAUCAUCUUGAAUGUACACCACUUCAGAAGCUGUAAUAUAUUUAUAAUAUGUCAAUACUUAUUUACUCAUAUAUACUUGUAUAUUUAUAAUGUCAAUAACCACCUACACUGUUUUUGAUUGCCUUUGUAAUAUUUGUUUGAUUUUAAAACAAUAACAGAGCUUGUAGUAAUGAUGUAAUGUUACAGAAAAUAGUCAGUUUUUACUUUAAUGUGACAAUUUUCUUGUGCACAACAUUCAUAUAUAUUUCUUACAGGACUAAAAUGUGACUCACUAGUUUUGAGAUCAGUCCAUGGGCUAUUUUUAAAAAUAUUUUCCAAAUUUACAAUAUGUAGAAUGUAAUCAAAAGAAUGUUAAAUCUGAAAUAUUUAUUUUGAAGAAUUUAUGCCUAUUAAUCUGCAAGUAGUGUUAUGGUAAUGACAGGAACAGUCAUUCCUGGUUAGACCAGAUGAGUAUCUCCUGACUGUAGUCUAUGUUCUGUUUCAGCAUCAAGUUUGUUCAUCUGAAGGGAAUGAUGUUGACUUUCUGGAUGUUGGGCACAGUUGUGACUGUUCUGAAGUCCAAAGAUCUUGUUAGAUCCACCUCUUCUCAACUUAGCGGACUCUCUUUGUUGAUUAAAAAAUAUUGCACAAAAUUCUCCAUGAAACAAAAAUCUAUCUCCUGUAAUAUGAUAAUCUAAACAUUGGGGAUGAGUCUAAAUCCUCUCAAUAGGAUCGAAACCUAUCUAUUUUAGAUUUAUGUUUUUGUGGCAACGUGGUAGCUUUGCACAUUUUAAGGCUGAAAUUAAAGUAGAAGGGAAAAAGAAACAGUUUGCAAGGUGUAAAGAAUCCUCUAUGUGAAUUGAGUUACAGAAAAUGCUGUCUCUUUAGUGCAGAUCAAAAUCCAGGUAGUUUGUAAACUUUGCAGGCAGUGACAGGUCCAGACCAAGGGAUGGACGUGAUGCUAUAUGGCUCCAUGCUAUGUCACUGUCACACCUACACUAUGUAUCAGCAGCUUGCACAGCAAACACACUGCAUGUGCUUUAACCAAGUGAGGAGGAGAACUUGGUCAAGUCAAGGGGGACUAUGGUUGCUCAGGGAGUGCCGACAUAGUCAGUACUAUAGGUUGAAUCUAACCAGUGUUUUGAAUAGAGGGAGAACUGUGAAAGCUAUUCAGUGGUCUGUGUUCACAGGAGCUAUUAAGAUGGUUCUGGUGCUGAUCAGAAUGCUGUUUCUUAGUCUUCCUUACUGGAUGCUUUCAUUGGUUUGGAGGUGGUACAGAUUUGCUGGUUCACAAUUAUAAAGGAUCUCUGACUCAUUCAUUAAAAGUCACAAUGUACAGCAACUGCUGAAGAAAAGAUAAACUUGUCUUCUUCAGAUUAAAAUGGUUUUUCCUGCAGAGAACAGAGCGAGCUUCUGAGCUGGUGGAGGUCAGGUGGUUUUUCUACUAUCUUGUUCGCAUCCUCAAUCUGUUUGGCUCCCUGAGAACUAAUCAUAGUUGUGUUUUUUUUAUUCAUUCACCAGAUGAGGGUGUCGCUGGCUGGGCAGCAUUUAUUGCCCAUCCCUAAUUGCCCAGAGGGCAGUUAAUAAUCAACCACAUUGCUGUGGGUCUGGAGUCACACGUAGGCCGGACCAGGUAAGGAUGGCAGUUUCCUUCCCUAAAGGGCAUUAGUGAACCAGAUGGGUUUUUCCCCCAACAAUCGACAAUGGAUUCAUGGUCAUCAUUAGGUUCUUAAUUCCAGAUAUUUUGUUGAAUUCAAAUUCAAAUUCCGCCAUCUGCCAUGGUGGGAUUCGAACCCAGGUCCCCAGAACAUUAUCUGGGUCUAUGGAUUAACAGUCCAGCGAUAAUACCACUAGGUCAUCACCUCCGCUAAUUGUUGGCAGACAGAAGGCCUUUGUCAUUGACAACUGGUCACUAGUCCAGAGAUGAAUUAGCUACUUGAUGCAGGCUGAAUUUCCAAUUGUAUUUUACAGUUCCAGCUCAUCUGAAAACUAUACCUCAGUUGUUGCUUGUUUAAGUCUCUGCGUAAAUUUGAGCACCAUACAAUGAAUGUCAGGUUACUUGCUUUCAAAAACACACAGUAAUAUCCUUUAGGGAAGGAAAUCUGCCAUCGUUACCUGAUUUGGCCUACAUGUGAUGCCAGACCUACAGUGAUAUUGGUUGACACUAAAGUGCCCUCUGAAAUGGCCUAGCAAGCCACUCAGUUCAAAUGCAACAGGGAUGGGUAAUAAAUGCUGUCCCUGUCAGUAAUGCCUACAUCCAAUGAGCCUUUUUUAAAAAAAAUCCUUCAGCAGUCCUUGGAUUUUUUUUAUUUUAAAUUGUUUCUCAAUUUGGUCCACAAUUAAAACCACAGAAAAAAAGACAGAGACCGUCUAUAUAAAAGAACCAAGUAGGAAAUUAUACUUGAAUUCGUGUUUUAUUAAGCAUACAAUUGGUAUACAGACAGCUUGUAUUUGACUGUGAUAUAACAAUUACAUUGAACUCUUGUAAAUAAAUGGCCUGUGAGAUGAUUGAAAUCUUAGUGAAAAA